UGCUGGUACAUUUCAACUUGUUUCAAAGUAUUACAGUAGAUUUUUCGAUUGAGAGCUUAUUUCUUGAAAUUUUCGCGAAAACCUUGACAGGAUCAGUCAAAAUUCGUAUUUUACUUAAUUUUUGAGUGAUUUUGAGGUUUUUUGAAAGUUAAAUAUGGGUAAAGAGAAGGUUCAUAUCAACAUUGUUGUCAUAGGACAUGUAGAUUCUGGAAAGUCAACAUCAACAGGUCACUUGAUUUACAAAUGUGGUGGUAUAGACAAGCGUACCAUCGAAAAGUUCGAAAAAGAGGCCCAAGAGAUGGGUAAAGGUUCAUUCAAAUAUGCCUGGGUUUUGGACAAGUUGAAGGCUGAACGUGAACGAGGUAUCACUAUCGACAUUGCCCUAUGGAAAUUCGAGACUGCCAAAUACUAUGUUACUAUUAUUGACGCCCCUGGCCACAGAGACUUCAUCAAGAACAUGAUAACUGGAACUUCGCAGGCAGAUUGUGCUGUUCUCAUUGUAGCUGCUGGAACCGGUGAAUUCGAAGCUGGAAUUUCGAAAAAUGGCCAAACAAGGGAGCACGCAUUACUUGCUUUCACUCUAGGUGUCAAACAACUCAUCGUUGGUGUCAAUAAAAUGGAUUCCACCGAACCCCCUUAUUCAGAAGGCAGAUUUGAAGAAAUCAAGAAGGAAGUGUCAUCUUACAUUAAAAAGAUUGGUUACAACCCGGCUGCAGUUGCUUUUGUACCGAUUUCAGGCUGGAACGGAGAUAACAUGUUGGAACCCUCCGACAAGAUGCCAUGGUUCAAGGGGUGGUCUAUUGAGAGGAAAGAGGGCAAAGCAGAAGGAAAGACUUUGAUUGAAGCUCUGGAUGCUAUCUUACCACCUUCCCGUCCAACAGAAAAGGCACUUCGUCUUCCAUUACAGGACGUCUACAAAAUCGGCGGCAUCGGAACUGUACCAGUAGGAAGAGUAGAAACCGGAAUCCUAAAACCGGGCAUGGUAGUGACUUUCGCCCCCGUAGGACUGACUACUGAGGUAAAAUCAGUCGAGAUGCAUCACGAGGCCCUGCAAGAGGCCGUACCAGGCGACAACGUUGGCUUCAACGUGAAAAACGUAUCCGUCAAAGAGUUACGCAGAGGCUACGUGGCUGGCGAUUCCAAAAACAGCCCACCCAGAGGGGCUGCCGACUUUACCGCCCAGGUUAUCGUGCUGAACCACCCGGGCGAGAUUGCCAACGGUUACACGCCCGUUUUAGAUUGCCACACCGCCCACAUUGCCUGCAAAUUCGCCGAGAUCAAAGAGAAAUGUGACCGCCGUACCGGCAAGACAACAGAGGUUAACCCGAAGGCUGUCAAAUCUGGCGACGCCGCAAUCAUCAACUUGGUCCCGUCCAAGCCGAUGUGCGUCGAAUCCUUCCAGGAGUUCCCGCCCCUUGGGCGUUUCGCCGUGCGGGACAUGAGGCAGACCGUUGCGGUGGGCGUGAUCAAAUCGGUCAAUUUCAAGGACACGGCGGGCAAGGUUACAAAAGCCGCCGAGAAGGCGCAGAAAAAGAAAUAACUAGGCAUAGCCGCGUCUAUUGUCGGCACCAAUAAAGGCCCCAAGAACGUCUUCAUCGAUCGUUAUUAUUUGCCGUUUUCUAGAUGGCUUCAACAGGAUUACUUUCAUCGGAAGGAGUUCAGGAGGAAAAACGCAUUGUUAUUGUCUAUUGUUCCAAGUUAAAUUUUAUUAUAUCCGUUUUUAUUAUUUAUUAUUGCUGUGUUGUUUCCUUUUUCCUGUUUUCGAGGAUUGAAGAAGAGGCAUUCUAGUAGGUUAAGUUGUUUGAAUUUUUGUUAUUCACUUUGAUGAUGAUAGACUUGAAUCUAGUUGCUAUGUAUUAUGACUUCUUGAGUAAACGAUAAAGAAGU